GGCGAGCAAUUGGAGCCCAGGGAAACAAAUCGCCCGACUGAGGCGUGCGCCUGCGCGCGCCCAACUCUGGCUGAUAUACACAGGCGCACAUGCCUUCGCUUCCCUUCUGUUCUGCGGCGGCGAGGGAGGGGGCGAGCUAGAAGCUGCCGCUCUGCGCGAAGGGCGCACAAAGCAGCGGGGCUGCUGGAGCCGGCGGCGGGCUCGGGCAAGGGCUGCGUUCCCCUCCGUCCUGAAUGGAAGCCCCGCUCGGCCGAGCAGCCGCGCAUCUCCGCUGCCUGCAGACCAGGCGGGCAGACCGGCGCCGCGCUCAGCUUUUGUUCCGGGGACUGAAAUGCUGCGGGUGGCGGUGCUGAAAGGAAGAAGUUGUCUAGCAUCCUUCGCCUCGACCUCGCUGCCGUAGCCGACGGGAGGCGAUGCUGCAAGCCACCGCGACCGUCUCCUCGAGUGCUCCCCUGCCGGCGGAAAGCUCCCUGGAGCCCAAGCAGCCCUCGCGCCUGUGAACUGAAGCCGAGGGAAAGACGACGGGCGGACGCGAGCGAUUCUGGAGCUCUCACCGGACUCACCGACGCGCUGCUGCUGCUGCUGCUGCUGCUGCCUGCGGCGGCGGCCCUCGAGUCUGGCGUGGUGGAAAAUCUUUGCCCCCCGCGGCUGGCACCCGUGUAGCAGCAGCUUUUGCUUGGUGGAUGUGUGUGAAUGAGUUCUGCAUCGAAUGGGCGCAAAAAGCGCCCCAGGUCCACCGGCUCGAUCUUCCAAAUCGGCAAAACGUCGCUGCACAGCAGGGACUGCGAAGGCCGAGACAGCAGCAGCACCGAGGGCGCCCCUAAGACCCAGAGACUAGCCCUGGAUGACUGCAAGAUGCUUGUCCAGGACUUCAACACCCAGGUGGCUCUGUACCGAGAAUUGGUGAUUUCCAUUGGGGAUGUCUCAGUCAGUUGCCUAUCAUUACAUGCUGAAAUGCACAGAACACGAACCAAAGGAUGCGAAAUCGCCUAUCAGGCACACCAAAAGCUCUCUGCAAUCUCUGGCCCAGAAGAUGGUGAAAUUCAUCCUGAAAUCUGUAGACUAUAUAUCCAGUUGCAGUGUUGCUUAGAAAUGUACACAACAGAGAUGCUGAAAUCCAUAUGCCUUCUUGGAUCACUUCAGCUUCAUCGGAAAGGAAUGGAGACCUGUGCAGCACCCAAGAGCCUUGACAGCAAGCUAGAGGAGAGUUCAGAAGCUCCUAUUUUGGAAGACACAUCAUCUUCACCCGUAGAAAUCCAACAGCAUUUAUGGCAGGUUUCCACAGAUAUUGAAAACACCGAGAGGGAUAUGAGAGAAAUGAAAAACCUUUUAAGUAAACUCAGGGAGACUAUGCCUUUACCAUUGAAAAAUCAAGAUGACAGCAGCCUGCUAAACUUGACCCCUUAUCCAUUAGUGCGAAGACGGAAGAGAAGAUUCUUUGGAUUGUGCUGUCUUGUCUCCAGCUAAAUGAUCCAUUUCAGAAGAGCAUAGAUGACUGCAGCCAAUACAAAAUUACCUUUAUUGGGAUCAACUGAAAUGCUCUAAGUGAUCAUGUGUGUUUUCUACAUGCCCCUAAUUAUAUUUUUCCCUCCUUUUCAAGAGUUUUACAGUUUGUUGCUGACAAGAACCAAAUUCAAAAACCCAAUUAAACAUUAUCAAUAAUAUUUUAAAACUUUUUUUAAUGGCAUACAGCAUGUCUACUUUAAACCACUCUAUGAUUAGAUGCAACUAUUAUGAUUAUUAACUAAAACAUGCAGAUUUUUUUAUUUAGUGUACAAGCCACAACCAAUUAUGUACAGUGCAACAGUAUGACUGUAGCUCUUGCUAGUAUGAUGUUAAACAUUUGAACAUACUCUAUUAAGCAAUCUUAAUCCAUAGAAAACUAUUUAGAACAGCAAAAUUGUGCUUAAAUUCUAAAAUGCUAAAAUAAGCAGAGCCAAUAUUGUACGAGAACAUACACACUCUCCUCUUGCUUUUUUGUGGUCUCAUUCAUAUUUAGUCUUCCACUCUAUAUCACAACUUAUACAAGAUCUUCAUAGUACAAUUUCUUAAUUUCUAACACACAAGCAACAUAACAUUGAUAUGUUGUUCCUGUAAAUAUGAGAUAAUAUCUACAUAUUGUACAAUGCAUAGGAAUAGCUAUUUUACUUUUUUUAAAGAAAAGCCGGAACAUGUAUCUGUUACAACCUUGAGUAGAAAAGUUUAAAAGAUGAUGUGGGAAACAAUAAAAUCCACUGAUGUCAAACA